AAACAGAUGCACAACUGAGCUGUAGCUGAAUCCGUCUUUAAGUUUUAAAGAAUACUUGACAAAGAGUUCGAAAGUUCACAAUACGGCGAUUGCGAUAAUGAAUUCUACCAGAGAAUUAAAAAAUGGUACGAAAGCGCAAAAGAAAACGAUUAAGGCCAAUAAGAAGCAACAAUUGAAGCAGCAGCAGCAACAAAAACAACUGCAGGAAGGUCAAAAGCAAACCGAGGUGAUAACAACAACAACAACUAUAACAACUGCCCCACCUAAUGUGGUGACCCACGACAACACCAACAGACUGGGCGUUAAAACUACUAAAAUGCCAGUACACAACAACAUCAACAACAAUAACAACAACCAUAUUGUACAAAAUAAUAAUAACAUCAACCAAAAAAUGUUCGAUUCUGCCGGUCGUGCGUUGAGCGCCACACCUUCUGCAAUAUCACUGCCAGCGACUAGCAUCUUGCCUGGCUACGAGAAUGCACCGAAAUUUGAACGGUCAAAUAGUUUUUCGCUGCGCGGCAAACUCUCCAAGCUACUCAAUUCUAUUACGGGCAGCAAGGAGAAUCUGACGAGGGUGGACGACGAGAAUGCCACGCCAUACAAGUUCACACGCAGCCGCUCAAUGAUAUUGCUGCGUCGCACCAAUCGACGCAGCUUAAUAGAACCGCAACUGGAACAGCUGUGCGAGGAGACGGAUCCCACAUCACCGUCGUCGCCGCGCAAGAAUUCCAUGGAAGUAUGUGAUCUUUUGCCGGCAGCCACAUCGUUGUCCGUCGCCCACAUAUCUAAUGUCAAUGGUGCCAUGGCUCCGCCGCUCGUGAGUGGAUCGAUCACAAUAACGAAAACGCCAACGGCAACACCGCAACGACCAAAUUCACACCCGCUGACUUCAACGCCGGUGGAAGCGUGCAAUAGUGGCACGCCUGUGCGGCGCAAGCCAUCGACCGUCUCAUUGGCACCUGGCGAGGGCAAUGGCGUACCCUUUGAUCCGAUCGCGAAUUUUCAGCGGCGGCGCUCCAACACGCUGCUAGCCUCCUUUAAGAGCACCAUUGCCACCAUAACGGGAGAGAAGAAGAGAAAGCUCAAUCCAAAAUGGAGCGCGUCUUUACAAUCCUUGCAAGCUAUCGACAAUAUGGUUAGUUAUGAGAAUAUGUCCUUCAUUGACUACGACAAAUUCAAUGGCUAUGAGAAACAGCUGGAACGACAACUUUCCACGUUGAGCCUACGAACUGAGCAGAAUCCCCCACCUUUGACCCCUAAUACUAGUGGCGCAUCAGCAGCGAUAUCCGCGCCGGUUACGGUAGUCCGUCGUCGCAAACCGAGUUCCGCUCGUCAAAACGCAGAUCGGCGUAGCCAAUCGCGAAGUAGCUUUAAUUUCGAUACUGAUUAUGAACACAACUUGGAUAAACCGCGUAACGUGUAUCGCGAUAGUUUGGACUCGCGUAAACUGGAACGGCUAAAUGAGUUUUCGCGUAAUUCGUUCAUUUGGGACAAGCAAAUUGUGGAUUGGCUGAAUUUAGAGGACGGUUGUCCGAAAAAGCAGCGCAUGGCGAAAAGUAAUCGACAAGUCAACGUGGACACAGUGGAUUCAGCAGCAGUUGUACAGAUAAGUAAGGUUAAACGGGCAGCUCUGAAGGCCACAAAGACCCAUUGCGAUGCCCAUAGCGGGCUACUCCUUGACUAUCCCUACAUGGUUUUGAACCAUUUUUAUUCUCUGGCGAAUCCUAGCAGUCUUUCCAGUGGGGCUUUCCCCAAG